CUGUGGCACUCUUCAUCCUCAAAUAUACUAUCUAUUUGCAACAAAAUGGCCCCUCUUGUCUUCCUCGUUACAGGCGCCACAUCUGGCAUAGGAGCUGCCUUGGCACAGCACAUUCUCCUUCGUGGGGAUAAAGUCAUUGCGAGUGGUAGAAAGGUUGAAGAACGACUUGGCCAUCUAAAGUCCACAUCAGAUAACAUCGCGCUUCUGGAACUUGAUAUAACCGCUGGAAUCACAGAGGUUAGGGCUCAAAUACAGAAAGCGUGGAACAUAUUUGGACACAUUGAUGUGCUGAUGAACAACGCUGGCAUGUCGGCUGCAAAAACUGUUGAAGAUGCAGAUGAUGCAUACGUGCAAAAUAUGUUCCAAGUCAAUGUCUUUGGACAGAUGCAUACAACUCAGGCUAUAUUGCCCUUAUUCCGUGCUCAGGGUCAUGGCUGUAUUGCAUUUACUUCCUCCAGCUCUAGCUGGAUGGCUCUGCCGGCAAUGUCUCACUACUCAAUGACAAAAGCAGCUCUUAGUGCUUUCGCAGAAAGUCUUCACAAAGAGGUCUGCGACUUGGGUAUCCGAAGCGUCGCAUUCGAUUGUGGCGGUUUUGUCACCAACCUUAUGCAACCCCGAGAAGGAGACCAUGCUGUACCCCCUUCCGAGAUUACAGAGGCAUACAAACCCCUUCUUGCAGAAUUCCUUGGCGUCUUUGCAACCGAUCCCAUGGGACUUAUGCCGGGGGAUCCUGCAAAGGCUGCGUCUACAAUGGUUGAUGUAGUUAAAAGAGAAGGUGUCGCAGCCGGUCGGCCAUGGGCUACUCGCAUUGUAUUAGGCUCGGAUUCGUUUGAUGGUGCAAAACACCGGCGAGAGGAAGAGCUGAAAUUGCUCAAGGUUUGGGAACCUGUUAGUGUGAGCACUGAUGGACGAAAAUAUGUACCCAGAGAGGAUUUUCGGAAGUACACCAUUGUAACCGGCGUACAGCUUUAA